CAGGUCGUUCCUCCGUCGCUUCAGGCGGCCCGCGGCGCCUGGUAGCCGGUAGCCCCGCCCAGUGAGGGUCGUCAGCCCUUGCACGCGACGGGCUCUCGGCCUUCCCGCGGCGCAGCCGAGCUGUCGGCCGGGGCUCGUGGCAGCCUCCGGGAGUGAGAGGCCGUUUUGUCCCGGUCAGGCUCAACGGCCCCUGAGGGCUUCGUACCCUUCUCUGGGCCGCGCAUCCCUCACCACGGUUCUGUUUUUUCUUGUGAGGUAGGUUUAACCUGUGAAAUAGGUUCCAUUUACAGUUCUCCUUGACAGAGAAAUUGAGCCAAGAAGUGACUUGCUCAGGGUCACAUAAUUUACCAGUGGCGGCUCCUAGACGGGCAUUUAGGUCCCCUGUUGUCCUUUCUUCUGCUUUUUCUGCUGCAGCAUGCACCCCCCGGCCCCCGGAGGAUGGGAACCUUCUUUUCAUCUCGUAUCUCCUGCAGUGUCUGGCAGUUACCGCGAGCCUGUAAGACAGUGUCUUUGAUUGAAGCAAUCUAGUAAGAGGACUGAGGCAGUGUCACCAAUAUCAGUAACACAAGGUAGGAAAAGCACCUGGAAUGGAUAAAAGUGGCUGUUUUUGUUACUUCCCAUGAGGUUCUGUAUCUGGAAUGAGAACUAUGAACUUAAUCUAGAGUAGGACAUUUCUAAGGAAAUGGAAUGGCAUUGGGCAGCACCAGGAGGACCUGCAAGGAAUAUUUGAGGGCACAGAGCUACAAAGGUUGUCAACAGAAGAAUUUAUGGGAAACAAUUGAUCAGCAACACUAGUAGAGAAACCUUUUAAAUUUCUUCAAGCAGUGGAAAAAUUGAGUCUUGGUUCAAAUUAAGGAAAAUCUAUACUGAAGAGAAAAUCAAAUAAAGUCUGAAAUAUAAAAAGUAUGUUGCUUAACACCCUAAUGUAAAUUUAGGAAAACAAAUGAAAGGGCAGAUCCUUUUAAAAUUUCUUAACUAUGGCAAAAUGUUUGUAAAACUUUUGGACUCAUCUCUAAAAAUUGCCAUGAUUCUGAAACUUGAUAAUAUCCCAAAUAUGGAACAGUUUCAAUGAAAAAUAACACUUGAGAAUACACCAGACGUACACAAGGAUGAUCUGAGUGUGGAAAAGUGCCGCUAACUAAUAAAUCACAUACUUUCAGAUUACCUUGGUAAAUAUAAGGAACAGUCAAGUUAAAGCUCAGUCUUUAAGAAUGCUGUGCUGAAUGCAAUAAAAGUUGGAUUUCAUUCCUAUGGAGAACAGAACCUGCUUUCUUCUUCACCUAAGGAUACCAUACAGCUGUUCCCAAAUUCCAGCUCUCCAGAUAUCCCAGUGUCAGGGUAGAUUGGAGUCUCUAUCCAGGCAGAUGGCCUGCUGCCCAGUGAACACUAUGUACAGAGCAAUAUGAGCACCAUUUUCUUUUCUGGCAGUGAGGUAAAAUCAGGUCAUUUUGGAAGAGGAGAAGCCACACUGCAUCUCUGCUACACAAGAUUACUCUGUCCUUACCUUUGAGGCUUUCACACUCCCUUCUUCUCAAGCACCACUUUUUAUUGAGACUUAUCUCACCUGGGUCUAUUCUUGUGGGCACAUCUUGCCUUCUCUCUUCCUCUUGUGUCUUUUCCUUGUUGAGUUAGGGAGAGUAUGCAGGCAUUCCUCUUAUUCCUGACUGGUGCUGCUAUAUCUGUCAAGGGAGAGGAGAAGGAGCAGGGGGUUCUGAAAACUGAUCAUCCAUGUCUUACAGGAACAACAGCUAGACAGGACUUUGGCAGUGGCAGCUUUCUGAGCUCAUAAGACCUUUACCUCUAGACUAGCACUGCAAUCAUGAGCCCUUAUCCCUUUUAGUCCAUUGCCCUUCAGUACAAAUGCCUGUGCCUUCUGGGGCUUUGAGCUAGUUUUUGUGGGUUUGUUUUGUUUUGUUUUUAAUUUUUUUUUCCAAUUCAGUAAGGCUUUCCCUUUUUUUCUCCUGUUGGUUGUUUGAAACCAAAUUCAGUAUGAAUAAGAGAGGGAAAUACACAACAUUGAAUUUAGAGGAGAAAAUGAAGGUUCUAAGUAGGAUUGAAGCUGGACGGUCUCUUAAAAGUGUAAUGGAUGAAUUUGGAAUCAGUAAAUCAACAUUUUAUGACAUUAAAAAGAAUAAGAAAUUGAUUUUGGACUUUGUACUAAAGCAGGACAUGCCAUUAGUAGGGGCUGAGAAGAGAAAGAGGACCACAGGAGCCAAAUAUGGAGAUGUGGAUGAUGCAGUCUACAUGUGGUACCAACAAAAACGCUCAGCUGGUGUCCCUGUUAGAGGUGUGGAGCUUCAGGCUGCUGCAGAGAGAUUCGCACAGUGUUUUGGGCGAACAGACUUCAAAGCUAGCACUGGUUGGCUUUUUAGAUUUCGAAAUAGGCACGCAAUUGGGAACCAAAAAGUAUGUGGGGAACAAGUCCUAAGUUCAGCUUCAGAAAAUGUUGAGCCAUUUCGGCAAAAAUUGUCCAUGCUUAUCAAGGAGGAGAAACUGCAUCUAGCUCAGCUGUACAGUGGGGAUGAAACUGACCUCUUUUGGAAGUCAAUGCCAGAAAACACUCAGGCAAGCAGAAAAGAUAUCUGCCUGCCCGGGAGAAAAAUAAACAAAGAAAAGUUGUCUGCUCUUUUAUGUGCAAAUGCAGAUGGAACUCAUAAGUUAAAGUCAAUCAUUAUUGGAAAAUCGAGGUUGCCCAAAAAUGUGAAAGAGGAUACAAGUACAUUACCUGUGAUAUAUAAACCUAGUAAGGAUGUUUGGUUCACCAGAGAAUUGUUUUCAGAAUGGUUCUUUCAAAACUUUGUUCCUGAGGUCAGGCAUUUUCAACUUAAUGUUCUAAGAUUCCAUGAAGAGGACGUCAGAGCCUUGUUACUUCUGGACAGUUCUCCAGUUCACCCUUCCACUGAAUCACUAACCAGUGAGGAUGGUCGAAUAAAAUGCAUGUUUUUUCCCCGUAACACUUCAACCUUGAUUCAACCAAUGAAUCAAGGUGUGAUCUUGAGCUGCAAACGACUUUAUAGGUGGAGGCAACUUGAAGAGAGUCUUGUCAUUUUCGAAGAAAGUGAUGAUGAGCAAGAUAAAGGAGAAAAAGGAGUUUCCAAGAUUAAAAUCUACAACAUAACAAGUGCAAUUUUUAACUGGGCAAAGAGUUGGGAUGAAGUAAAACAAAUAACCAUAGCAAAUGCAUGGGAAAAUCUUCUUUACAAAAAGGAACCUGAAUAUGAUCUUCAAGGCUUAGAAGAUGGGGAUUAUAGAGAAAUUCUUGAGAAAUGUGGGGAGUUGGAAACCAAGCUGGAUGAUGAUAGGGUGUGGUUAAAUGGGGAUGAUGAAGAAAAGGGUAGUCUCCCCAAAACAAAAGGUGGGAUUACAAAGGAAGUUGUUCAAAAAGGAGGAGGAACUGAAGAGCAGACUGCUGAGUUUAAGUUAUCUGCAGUCAGAGAGAGUUUAGACUACCUUCUUGACUUUGUUGAUGCCACACCUGAAUUUCAAAGGUUCCAUUUCACACUGAAAGAGAUGCAACAGGAAGUAAUCAAGAAACAGUUCCAGAGUAGAAUCCAUUCUAGAAUUGGUAGCUUUUUGAAACCUAGGCCUCAUAAUAUUAGGGAUUCCUUCAAUAUGCCUUCAACUUCUGGUUCUAGUAAUUAGAUUUUGUGUUUAAAGAGUUCUGCAGUUAUGAUAAUAUAUGAUGUAGACCUGUUGUGAAUUGUCAUGGUUUUUAUCAACAGAACUCAUUUUGCAUAUCAAUGUCUACUUAAAUAGUUUAUAAAGUAUACAAUUUGAAAGUAAUAAAUUUGUUUCUUUAAAUGUAUAAAUAUAUUCAUUAAUCCAUAUUUUUCCUGUUUUAGACAAGGAUCUGAAUAAUGAGGAAUUAUUGUCCCAGAUUAUCUAAGGUGGAAUGGAUGUGGGAAAGCAGUAAAUUUUACCAGUGUAUUCACAGCAUAUAACAAAGAAGCUAUACGCUGACUAGUUUAGUUACCUUUAAGAAGAUAAGGAUAGAUUUGGUGUUCUGUUUAAUGGUAUGACAUGUUCUGCUUUCUUAAAUUUGUCCACCUAUUUAGUGUUUUUUUCCCCUCUUAAUGUGGAAGUAACAUAUGCUGGUUAUAGAGGAUACAUAAAAAACAUAAAAAGCAUCCAAAUUCUAUCGACCAAUGAUUGUCUUGCCUAAC